AUGAGCACCAUAGACAUGAACGAAGUGGCCGACUGGGUUGUCUCGCUUCCAGGCCCCAUCCGCCAGUAUGUGGACGCCUUUCGUGACAAUGCCGUUGAUGGGAAGCUCCUCAUGCAAUUGACAGAUGCCGACCUUCAAGACAUGGGAAUAGAGAAGCUCAUGCAUCGCAAGAGCAUUCUGGUUCAUCGUCGCACUCUGUUGGAAGAGGGCUUCAACGAGACGCUGCGUGGCCAGUGGCAUUUGGAGAGCGCAUAUGAGAUUCAGCAGGGGAGCGCAGAGGGUGCUGUGCCUGAGCUGUUGGAGCUUCGGGCCAUGCGGUUUGCGCCCAGGGUUUUGGAGCACAUGUGCAGAACGGGAAUGAGAGCAGGAGCAAGUGUUCGUGCCGCGACGACGCAGAUGGAUGCCCUGCUCUGCGACCAGCACGAUGCAAUCCAAGGGGUGGAGGCUCUGGAAGCGAUGAACCACUUGACAUUCCACCGCACGGCUGACGGUCGCGUCAGGGAAGAGAUCGAGUCAGAUCUGCAAAUGGUAUUGCAGGCAAAGACUGCAGCACGAGAGAGAAGCAUCAAGACGCAGGGCAAGAACAAGCAACUUGCCGUCGCCAUCGACCGAUUUUGCAAGGAAUGCAAGAGUGCACCAAGCGAUGCCAGCAUGCAGCAAGCAAGCGCGAGUCUUGCCAGCACCUUCUUGCAAUGGAGGGAUGAAAUGCUGCAAGUGGUGAAUGCCUCGUUUGUGCACACCGAGGGCUUGCUUCAGCGCACCUCUGCCCGACUUCAGUCCCAAACUCCCGGAGGGGCUGCGCUGCAAGGCAGCAUAGAGGCCUUCUCUGAGGUCACCCAAAGGCUGUACGAAGCCGCCGAAAGGUGCAAGAGAAUUUACAGCUUGGCUGACCCAGAUGUGCAGCUCGCGCUGGAAGCUCGAGAUGUGGGUUUGGCUGGCAGUAUCAGUUCGGAAGAGGAGAAGCUUCACGAGCUUGAAGGGCGCCGGGACGAAGUCAAGGAGCGCCUCUUGAAGCAAAAUGAAGAGAUGGACCGGUAUGGCAAACUGCGCAGAAAGCAGGUGGCCAACACUAAGGAGAUCCGGGAUUUCCACAUCAAGCGUUGGUGGAAGUGGGCAUGGGAAGGGGACAUGAAGGAAUAUGAGAAGCAAGUCCAAGGGGACGUCGAGCGCAUGAAACAUGACGAGCAAGUCAUUGCAGAGAAAUGCAAGGAUUUGCAGAACGACCUGAUGCAGAUCGAGAAGGAUAUCGAGACUCAGAAGACCUACCUGGCUCGGCUCAGGAAGAUGGCUUCUCCGAAUACCUGGGAAAAUGUUCUUCGGGCCGAGGACCUUUUCGCAGCGGAGGCUGAGGUGAAAGAACACGAAGAGAAGCGGCUUCUUAUUGAAGGCCAGUUGCGCCGAGCGAUGAUCGAGACCGGCGUUAUCGAUCCAGGCCUGGCAGUGCAAAUCAUCACCCAGCACGAGACCUCGAAGAUCCUCCUCUCAGAGACAACUACCAAGUCCAAGGAAGCGGCCGCUCGCUUGCAGGAAUUUGUAUCUCAGAUGGGGGACGUGGUGCUGGCUGGCAGCAAUGGCUCGAAAGUUGACCGUGAAGAUCUCGAAGCUCUUGCAGAAAGCAUCAUGAAUAUAAACGAGCUUCACGAAGAGCACAUGCACCGGCUAGCAAAGAAGAAAGAUGCAGUCUUGAGCAACGUGGUCGCCUCGGUUGCAGCAUUCAAGCUGCAAGACCAACUUUCGUUGACUGAUGGAAGGGAGCAGCCAUAA